AUGGUUUCUCAGCUACACUAUGACCACUUACCUUCUACGGAUGCACCCUGGGCAAGUUUGGUCUCCAAUUCCAUGUUGCCAAGGGUUCGAUGGCGUCGUUUAAGACAAAAAUUUUCACGACAUCGAUUGCAAAAAGCGGUUCGCAUGAAUACGUCGUCAACAACUGUGGAGAGCAGCGAUACCAAUCUCAAGUACAGGGCAGUAUUCCCGCAGCGACGUCCAGGGCCCUCGCGGGCAGGUACCCGUUGGUUUGGUGGGGUCAACAGGUCACCGCCACUAAUCUUUCGGCCCGCAAAGUUUCUCCGCAAGCUUAUUCCCCAACCAGCCACUCCAACCCAUGGUCAUUACAAGACCCAUGGAAACGCCAGUCACAGAGUUGCUUCAAAAAAGGUCGUCAAGUCUGGACACAAAGGAAAGGGUACGGGGAAAGACUCCCAGAAAUCUGGCCCUAGUAGUGGAGGCAAAGGCGGAAAAGGCAAAGGGGGCAACAACUCACAACCGCCACCAAAUGGCUACCGAUUUCCUCCUCUUCUUGACGACACCCGACCUCCAAAGACUUUUGGAUGCCCCUUCUACAUAUCAGACCCAUUGCAGUUCCAUGAUUGCAGCAGUCUUCGUCUACGUCGAUCUAGUGAUGUCUCCCAACACCUCAUGCGGAGCCAUCUGCUGCGGACGAUGAGGUUCGUCAGACGUCGUGACACUGAGUCCACCGAGAGGGCCGAAUCCGAAGAGAGCAUGCAACAGGAUGGAACCUGCGUCAAUCCCAAUGGUAUUAGACUCUACCAUCAACUGUGCCGCAUGGAGUUCAAUGGUCCCAACGCUGAGGAAAGCCUGCAAGACCACUGCAAUAACACGAUGUGUUAUAAAGCAGGUAUUGAGGAGACCGGUGUGAUGCUCCCUGCAGAGUUCAGAGCCCUCAUAGCUGCACGCGAUAGCGUUCCUGGCGGUGUAGCCAAGUGGUAUGCUAUGUGGGCAGUAUGUUUCCCGCCUCUGAUUACAACAAGAUUCAGAACUGUUCCAGCGUCGCCAUAUGUCGAAACGACUGUCCCUCGCGAGCUUGGAGAGUAUACAAUUCGCCAGGCCCUAAGCAACAGGUUGAUGGGGGACCAAAGUCUCGUCACUGAUCAGAUCGUCAACCAAAUCUACCUUGGCGACACCCAAACCGAUUUCGAGGUGCAACAAACAGUCCAAGAUCAGCAGCAAGAGCGGGAUUUGGAGCUGCAACGGGCCGACUACGAGGCUUUUUAUCAACAAGCCUCAUCUCAGCAAGCCGAGGACUGGAUCUGGGAUAGCCUUCCUCCCAACCAACAUGGCGGGCCUCAGUAG